GUUCACAGAGCUCUGGUGCCCCGGUGUUUACAAAGCUACGACAGGGGUGUCUGUCCUGCCCUGAACUUGUGAGUAAAGUCCUUUCAUCAUGGCACUGGCUGGGGUGAGAGUUAUUGAAUUGGCCGGCCUGGCUCCAGCACCGUUCUGCGGUAUGAUCCUAGCAGACUUCGGAGCCAAGGUGAUCCGUGUGGACCGCACCAAGGUUGCCAUGUCUAUGGACACACAAGCGCGAGGAAAACGAUCUGUGGCCAUCAACCUGAAGACGGAGGCGGGCAGAACCUUGCUCAGGAAGCUCUGUGUUCAGUCUGACGUGGUCCUUGAACCCUAUCGUAAAGGUGUGAUGGAGAAGUUGGGUCUCGGUCCGCGUGAGCUGCUGAUGGAAAAUCCUCGUCUGAUCUACACCCGAUUGACGGGGUACGGCCAGAGUGGGUCUUAUGCCACCGCAGCUGGACAUGACAUCAACUACCUCGCCAUGUCAGGUCUUUUAUCCCGGCUGGGUCGCAGUGGAGAGAAGCCCUACGCGCCACUGAAUCUGGUAGCAGACUUUGCUGGUGGUGGUCUCACCUGCGCUCUGGGAAUCGUUCUAGCACUGCUGGAGAGGACAAAGUCGGGGAAAGGACAGGUCAUUGAUGCCAGCAUGGUGGAAGGAGCAGCCUAUACGGGUUCAUUCGUGUGGAAAUCUCGCAGUGUUGGUUUGUGGGACCGUUCUAGAGGAGAGAACUUGUUGGACAGUGGAGCGCCGUUCUACGAUACCUACGAGACUUCAGAUGGAAAGCACAUGGCUGUGGGCGCCAUAGAGCCACAGUUCUACAAACAGCUACUUCAGGGCUUAGGGUUGGACGCUGGAGAGUUGCCUCCUCAGAUGAGCUUUGAUGAUUGGCCAGAGCUUAGGCGGCUUUUCACACAGCGGUUUGCCUCAAAGACGCAGGCGGAUUGGUCGAGGGUUUUUGAUGGGACCGAUGCCUGCGUCACACCUGUGUUGACUUUCGACCAGGUGAGCUCACACCCACACAACCAGGAAAGAGGCUCCUUCGUGAAGGACUCCAGUGGGGAUGAAAGCCCCCGACCGGCCCCGGUUCUAUCUCGGACCCCUGCUGAGCCUGGCCUGGGCUCCAACCCUGACACUGGGGAACACACGGUUGAGGUCCUGGCGGAGUACGGCUUUAAGUCAGCAGAGAUAGAGCAGAUGCUAGCAGCUGGGGUCGUAGAGUGUAACGCUGUCAAGGCUAAGUUGUAGAGGAUUGAGCUUUUUUUUUUUUUUUUGAAAGGCCACACCUGCACCCUCUUUUAAUAUUUGGGAGAAAUCAUAGAGAAGAGAUCAAUAAUUAACUGUGUUUUGGAAAUACUGGAGAUUAGAAACUGAUUUGGACAACAAAAAUAACAAAAAACACUGAAAUCAUGUCUAACAUGUGUGUAAGAAUUUAAUUAAAAGCAAAGUAGGAAAAGUGUUUUUUACUUUUAUGAGCUUGCAAAAAAGUACUUUUCCAUCUCGCACAUUGCAUUUAUUCUCUUCGACCCCAGGAGCCUGCUGUACGCGUGCUGCGAGUGAAUACACUUGCCUCUAGUGUAGGUGCGUCUGGAUUGGACGAGGUGAAAGGCAAUGUUUUGCACUCUCGGAGUACGUGGAUGCAGUUUGGGGUUAAAGCAGCUAAUUUCAAUAUCUGCUUCCCCUUUUUUUUGUGCCACUGUUGACCUCCAAGUGUCUGAAAGAAAAGCAGUCGUAGGAAAUGCAACUGCUCCUUGAAUCACACAGUAUUCAUGUGCGCUAAGUUAUUCUGCUCAGGCUCAAUCUGAUUUACACACGUCGAAAGAGAUUUGUGUGCAUGGGUUGAAGGAUCAAACUGAACACCAGAAAUAUAAAGUACAUUUACUCUUUAAAGUUUGCUCUGAGCCUGAGUUUCAAAAUUUGGCACCGUGAUGCCUGAAGUCCACUGGAUCUGACUGUUUGUGCAGUUUCAGUGGAAAACAUCUCAGACGGGAGACACCCACAUACAAAGUAAAAGUGGGACAGUUACAACAAUGGUUCAUGCCGACAGAAGCCUGUUGGAUUCUCGUCAGUCGACACCAACAGACCUCCUUUUUGUUUAAGCUAAACACUAAACGAAGUUAACUAAAUGAAUCAUCUUAAUUGGCAAAUCUAUUAAUCCCAUUCAUGCCUCUUAUCUGGGUCCAGGGAGUGUCACUUAAACAAAUUAUACCAUUUGGAAUUUUUUUUUGUUAAAUACUGCUUGGAAGGGCUAAAAAAAAAAACAUGAUAAAUAAUAAAUCAUUUCAGGCUAUUUUUUACUUUAUGAAAUGGGAUUUAAAUUGUAAUGUGUGUGAUAUUAAAAGGUCCUGGUGAACCCUGUAGAGCCAUGUUGCCAACUAUAUUUUAAAAUUACAUGUUCUGUGGCCUUUCUCUAUGAUCACUCAUUUUAAAUGUCAGUAUGGGCAAUUUCCUCGCACAGCUGCUGCCCAGGGUUUUUUUUUUCUUCAUGGUAUGACAGUGUAGUAAUGAUUGUAUUUACGACUUGCAGUGACAUUUCUAAUUCGAUUUCAGUGUCUGACAACAGACUUUUGAAAAUAUGUGAGCGGGGAGAACUAAAAUGGGAAUUUCAAAGCAAUGAAAACUCACAGUAAGAGGACGGAGUACGUGAGCUGACGUUUGUUCCACUAGAAACUCAAUUUGAAUCAUUUGAAUUUUAGUUGUUCAACUUGAAGAGUAUUUUUAAAAAAAAUUGGAUUUGAAUUACAUAAUUUAAAAUUAGAUUUAUUAGAUUGAAACAAAACUUCACUAAUUUGAAACUGAAUGUAAUAUGAAAUUGAAUUCAGUUGCUCUGAAAUUGUGUUUGAUCCUCACUAAAACUCUCUCGAAAUCAAAUUCAGUUCUUAUAGUUCAAAUUUAAUUCACUGAGACACAAAUGCAAUCAAGCUCAGAUCCACAGAACUCUUUAUGGCUCAUCAGCACCUUUGACACUCCGGUGUAUAAAAAUGGAAGUCGCAUCUCCACUUCAAACUAUGUGAGUCACAUCCAGUUUUUUUUUCAAACAGUUGUUCAAGUUAAACAAUCCAAACUCCCCCAAAAAUUUAAAUAAAAUUUCUAGUGACACAUUUUUCUUUCCAUAAAAGCCGGCCUCUCUCUGCCUCCUCUGUCUGUGCAUGACAUAACAAACAACAUGACUGUGUAUGUGUGAAGCCUGUCAGUGACACAUCAUCAAGCAUCAAUAAAUAUACAUUUAUUAUAUAUACAGACAUUCACAAGUAAAUUUCACACGUCAGAGGUGAAGUCUGCCAGAGCAACACCUGACACAGAAUGUAAUGAAGCAGGGAAACGAGCCAGGAGUGACGCGUUGCUGUUUCCUACAUAUUUAGCUGCAUGUGUACUCACUGAAGGUUGCAGUUAUAUAUUCUCAACGUUCGGUAGUUAUUGCAUCACUUCAUUGCAGUCUAGCCAUGUUUGUUUACAUGAUUAGUUAGUGAUGAUUCAGUGAUGCUAAUUUCUAUCUAUGUAAAUCAUAUGCAGUGCCUGUUAUGUCUGGUGUUUGCACCGUCAGUUAACGCCUGCAAAACACCUGUUAAAAUGCAAAUAUGUUCUUCUAACGUUACAUUAUGUCCGUAUGGUGUUCUACCGUGAGCACAUGAUUUGUUGUGCAGGAACAUGAAGCAGCACGAGAGGGACCGAAAGCUGGAGUGACUUUUGAAUGACUUUGAUGCAGAACAGUGAGCCUUUAGAUUUUAGGUAAUAGGAUACAGUGCAGAUUAUAGAUUUACUCGACUGUGCCCAUUGCCGCGAGCCAACUGUAAGGUACUUAGCAUCAAGAAUUUCACGCCAGAGGAAGUGCUGCAUCAGAAAACUCAAAUCUGGUUGACAAAAUUUUAAAAAUGGGUUUGUUUUGUUUUGGUUUUUUUAAAUUGGAUGUGUUUGGAAUAACAAUUGAAUUAAAGAGAGUACAUGUUACUUUAAGACAGCUGAAAUGUGAAAAUGUUUAAAGAUGUUAAUUUCAAGAUUUUGAACAUUAAUAAAGCAUUUAUACAGAAGCAAAGAA